AUGCUCAAGCGAGGCGACUUUGCCAUGCUCAGCGAAAAGCCGUACUGCAAGCCGCAUUUCAAGGUGAACUUUGCCAAACAAUCGGCUGCGGCUGCCCCCAAGCCCUCCGAGCCAGCUGUUGUCGUGCCGGCCGAGCCUGUGGAUGAUGGCCCUGCUCCCGUUCCUGCCCCUCGAAAGAAGAAACCGGCCGCUGGCAGCACUCCUGCUGCUCCCGUUGCAGGAGAUGCUGCGGUGGUUUCUGCUGCAUCGGCUCCUGCUUCUGCUCCUGCAGUAGUGGCAGUCCCUGUUUCUGCCGAGCCUGCGACUACGACCGCGGCUGUCACAGAGCCUGUUGAGAAGCCUGCCCCUGCUGCUGCGCCAGUGGAAAAGCCUGUGCCUCUGUCAAUGCAAGUUCUGCAAGCUGCUGAAGACACGCCUGACGAGGCCGUCCCGGAAACGCCCGCUUCGGAGCCGGUCGAUUCGCUCGUCCGUUUGAAUUCGCUCGAGCAAGCAACCGCUGAAAACCUGGCCGCCGCUGCCGCUGCUGCUGUUGCUGCCGCUGCUGCCGCUGCUCCUGCUGCCGUUGCUGCUUCCGCUCCUGUGGAAACCAGCGAACACGUCGCUCCCGCUGCUGCUGUAGCUGAACCCGAGCCAAGCUCGCCUGAAGGGCAGGACUCGGCAACUGCUGCUUCUGCUGCCGCUGCACCCGGCACUGCUCGUCGCCGUGGCCCUCGUCGUCCAAAGUUUGACAAGAAGGAAGCCCGCAGGUUUUCAAUUCGAACGCAACACCACAAGUAA